AUGUCCCGUCUUACCCGUCUACUCGAAGUUAUCCGAUCAUUUCCUUCCACCCCUCUCCGGCCUGAAGGUCCCACCCAAAUGUCUCACGCUCUGGAGGGAAUCGUCAACCGUUCUUUCCCUUCCUCAACAUCAUCUUCCGUUUCCGUAGGAUCUGCGCAGGACAGGGCGAUUGAACGGAUGUUAACUCCCCUGGAGAGGAUCAAGUCAAGCGCGGCAUUACAUCAAUAUCCCUUGAGCUCGAAAACUCUUCAACCUCAACAUGACCCCUUGUACUAUAAACGUAUCCUAGAUGGAGUCGAAAGAGCCUCAAAGGGUAUCGGAAGAAGUUGCUCCAUCAACAAGAACGUCAUGUCUCGCGCCGGAUCCACAAACCCAACCCCAACUGCUGACGGUGACAGCAUGCAAGGGAUGUACGGCCGGCUGUCUGCUGAAGAAUUGCUCAUGUCGAGCUACUUUACUCAACGUUUUCCCAUGGCUCUCAAAUCGUCUCACAAGAUCUGCCUUUCUCUCCAGCCCAUCGCAACAACCUUCAAAAUACCAAAUGAUGUCAAAGGUGUUCUCGAUCGACUGCAAACCAAUAUCGAGACAGCGAAGGUAUGUCCUCCACCUACAAUCCGCGGUAUGAGCGAGGGCAUGACGGAUCUCGAAGAGUAUUUCGCCGUCGGUUGGACAGAGUACAACCCCGGUCCCACCUUCAAUAUCACAGCGCACUUCGUAGAACAGGUUGAAAAUCUAUCCUUGGUGGAACAGAGCGACAUACCAAAUGUACUAAGUGAUACGAGAGUCUUGAGAGAGUGGAUCGAAAAAUUCAACCGUGAAAGGAACGGAUUGGAGAAACAUGUCCUUGAUAGAGCUCUAUGGAGUGUAAAUUCCAUGAGGCAGAGUUGGGUCUCCACAAAAGUGUGCGGGCCGCUCACCAAGGAGCAAGAAACACUUCUUGAUCAACUUGUCAAGCUUCAAACCGAAACCUGUGAAUUGUUGGACAAACUCAAUGUUGCGAACACUCGCCUCAUAGCGGAACAGAGCACCGUUCAAGAGACUCAGACAGAGAACGCUACCCUUCGGGGAAGUGUGGAAGAGCUCAAAAGUCGUAUUGCGCAGUUGGAAGAGGGCAACCUGACGUUAUUGGGAUCAAGGCAUUUUUACAAGGCUAAGAAGAUUCUGACAGCUAAGCUCAGCGGGUCAGAUUAG